UUUCAGCGUUGGUUAGCGUCGUCGUACGUAGACCGGAACCGUGCCUCGAGUUGGAUGGUGACUGCCCAGCGUGUCCUGUUUGCUAAGAACCCGCACGUUGUACAGGCUGGCAAGAGUGUGGCACCGCCAUCGGCACACGCAGGCGACGAUGCACGUGCUGGUGGCUCCAACGAUGAAGUCCCGGAUGCCUCAUCGAAUGGACAGGUUGCUCACGGAGAAGAUGGGCAGAGCACAGUAGGGCCAGCAUUGACGUACAGCAGGACUACCACAAUUCACAUAGACCCGGAGACCGGGGAAGCAAGGAACGCAAGCACAGGGGAGACGAUGGAAACGCCCCUUCGGUCACCUCGGCCAGUGCCAAGCACUCCUCCACCAGUGCCGAUUUCGGAGUUCCAACAUCUGGCGACUGAAUCUGAUCUCAAGGGCAUUGAAGCUGCAUUGGACAAAGCCGUGACACCCGAGGGAGCGAUCAAGAACCAUGAUGGAGGGGACUUGGACCUUUUGAGCUUGGGCCAGAAAGACGCUCUUCUUGUCCUCCGCACUAUCUGCAAAAUGGCUAUGAAGGAUGGGAGUGACGAUUUUCUGAGUAGAACCAAGCUACUUUCUCUGGAGUUGCUCCAGGGAUGCCUGGAAAGUGUGAACCAUGCUUUCACGACGAACUUCCCUUUCAUUGAGCUCGUGAAAGCGUACCUAUGCUAUGCAUUGUUGAGGUCGUGCGUUUCGCCAACCGCAGCAGUUUUCCAGCUUGCAGUGAACAUCUUUCUGAUAAUGAUGCAGCGCUACAGGGAAAGCCUGAAGGCGGAGUUGGGAAUAUUUUUCAACUUGAUUGUUUUGCGGUCGUUGGAGAUCGAGUGUUCGAUUCAUCAGAAGACGGCAGUGCUGAACUACGAUUGUGAUCUGGACGUUACGAACUUGUUUGAACGCAUGGUGAAUUCGCUAUCGCGACUUGCCCAAGGGACGGCGAAUGGAGAUCCCAGCGCCGCGAAUGCGUCGCAAAACAUUGCGCUGAAAGCCUUGGCUCUUCAAUGUCUGGUGAGCGUGCUGAGGUCACUGGGAACGUGGACAUCGAAACAGAGGGGGAACAGGCCAGUGUUUCCCGACCUGACCGUCGCCGACGUGGAGGUUGACUCUGGUGGGGUGAACGGUGGCGGUACUGAGGCGGAUGUGAAGGAGGACGCGAAGGUCGUGACCCAAGCGAAUGAGUUCGAGAAAGCAAAAGCUCUGAAGGUCACCAUGGAGAGCGCGGUUGCCAAGUUCAAUAUGAAGCCGUCAAGUGGGAUCAAGUUUCUUUUCGAGCACAACCUGGUGGCCAAGGAGCCAAAAGCAGUCGCUCAGUUUCUAAGGGAUUCUCCGGGGUUGGACAAGACGAUGAUCGGAGACUACUUGGGGCAGCACGAGGAGUUUCCGCUGGCAGUGAUGCAUGCAUUCGUUGAUGCACUGAGCUUUAAGGAUAUGAAGUUCGACAAAGCCAUUCGGAUGUUCCUGAACGGGUUUCGUCUUCCUGGCGAAGCGCAGAAGAUCGAUCGCAUCAUGGAGAAGUUUGCGGAGAGGUACUGCCGAGACAAUCCAAAUCUGUUCAAGAACGCGGACACUGCGUACAUACUGGCAUAUGCAGUGAUCAUGCUGAACACGGACGCCCACAACCCCAUGGUGACCAACAAGAUGAGCAAGUCCGACUUCGUGCGCAUGAACUCGUCCAGCGACGUGGACGAACAUGCUCCUGCGGAACUGUUGGAGGAAAUAUACGAUUCCAUAGUUCGAGAGGAGAUAAAGCUGAAGGACGACGACUCGAAGAGGGAGAGGCCGGAAGAGAGAAGCUCGCUGGUGAGCAUAUUGAACCUGGGUGGAUUUCGAGGAAGAGGUGCUGCCGAUACGAAGAAAGAGAGCGACGAGUGA